UUUGUUUUUCAUUCGCUGCAGCAAAGUGUCAUCAACCUGUUACAGGAGACGUCUCUUUUAUUUUAUUUUCCACCGCGGCGAAUUUUUCUUCAGCAUCGCAAUUUUAAUCUUAUGACAGAUUUGCAUAACAACACCCCAGCCGCCUCAAUUAUUUUCUAAUUUGGCUAGUGACCUUGGAAGAUAUCGUGCAUCCAGUGAUUGAAACAUUGGUGAAGUCAUCGCAGUGAUAAAAAUAGGCAACUAUUUUCCGAAAGCGAAUGUUUCGGUCUGCCUAAAAUGGCUGUGGAAUCUUCAGUUUCCGAUAAGAGCUACUUUCAACGUUUCUGUGACUAUAUGAAACGUGAUACGAAAGGAGUAGAGAUUGCGACAUACACCCUGUCCGGAGUGCUUCUCGUCGUCGCUUACAAUAAAGUCAGACCGAUAACCCGCUUCAGCAAACCAUCGGACAUCCCCAAACAUUUCAUCCGUGAGCAGAUUCCCCAAUAUGGUCGCGUCCAGAAGAUUGAACCUUCCUUACAAUCUGGCCCGCUGCUCAUGGUGAAACAUCGGCCACCACUCAACUUGAUUUUCUGGUCCGACAAAACCAUCCCUGUGAAGGUGGCCGGAAUCGAUGUCAACGCGAACGGCUACUCUUGGCUGCAAUCUGUCGUGGUAAAUCGGCAAAUCACGUUCAUCCCUGUUAAAGGUGAAACAUCGGGCAACUACGCCGAAUGCUGUGUGCACUUCUAUGAUCGAUCGAAGCAAGGCAAAACCAGUCGCAGAGUGGAUGUAGGUCAGGCACUGCUCUCCUUGGGUUUCGCCAAGAUGAGUGUUCCGGUGCCGAAGCGGCAUCCGGUCGCUGCUAGCAAGGAUCCCUUCGAAAGUCACAUCCAAUCGUAUUUCAAAUCGCUGGCUCGAAGCGAAAACGUUGCCAAGGAUCGAAGAGUGGGCUUGUGGCAGCAGAGUCUUCCGCCCAGAAUGUGGCCCGUUAAAGUUUGGCAUAACGUUUUGGACGGGCUUGUUAUGAGAUUCCGGCCACAAUCGCAUCGUUUGCCAGAGUUGGUUCGAUGAAGAUGAAAAAAAAAAAGCUGAGCAAGUGCUACAAAUCAGUCGUUGUUUGUCUAACAAACUUAUCAAUAUUUUACUUCGUUCUGCCGCCAGCUCUAUCGAGAAACUAUACCUCUGAGAUUUUACUGCGUGAAAGAUACCGAAAUGUUUUGUGCCUAAUAUUUAUCAGUAUAAAUUCAUAUUUUCAAAACUUGUUUUCGUGGGAUCGAUGACAAGAAAAAGUCA